AUGUAUUCAUCCAUUCGAGAAUCCCCUCAAAGACAUGACACAAGGUCUUUUGUCCAAGAAAUUGAGUUCUUAAAGGCUAAGUGCCAGGAAUUGGAAACAGAGAAUAGAUUGCUAUUCGAAGAACAAUAAUAAUUAUAAAGAAGAGCCCAUGACAUAGUAACGAAUGACUCUAACGUUGAAUCCUACAUCAAAGAAAACAAUAUGUUGUAGACUGAGAAUGAGAAACUUAUCAAGUUAUCCCGACAGAGAAAAACUGACGCGGACUUAUGGAAAUCCAAAUAUGAAAAUCAAUUGCAAUAGAUUUUAUAAAUGAAAUCCAAUUAUGAAUUCGAAAUAAAGCAACUAAAUGCUGAAUUAUAGAAGCUAGGGGCUGUUCUAUCACAAGCAGAAGCAGAAAGAUAAAGACAAUUGGUUGGCAUAUCCGGUCAAAUAGAGAGUUAAUCUAAUUAAGAUUUCGAGAAUCUCAAGAAGGCCACUAAUUUACAAAUAGAAAUAAGUGAGAGUUAGAUUAGAAAACUACGAGAUCAUAUUGAUGAACAAAAUAAUGAAAUCAGUGAUCUUCAAUAGAAAAUAUUAAGAUAAAAAACUGAGGAUGACAUCUAAAUAGAGAGAUUGCUUAAGGAAAAUGAGUUACUUAGAGUCAAAAUUCAUCAAUAAGAAUCAGAGAAGUAAAGAGAACUAGAACACAUGAAUGACAAUCUCAACAAUUUCUCAUAGUAAUAGAUUCAAUUGUUGAAACAUGAAUUCGCUAGAUAAUCAGAUGUCUAACAAUCUGAAAUAGAUAAACUUAAAGGUCUACUUGAAAUUAAGAAUGCUGAAAUAGAAACAUUACUUGGAUAAAAUGCUAAAAAUAAGUAAAUGUUUGAGGAUUAAAUCAAUGAUUUGAGAACUGAAAUCUAAAUUUUGAAGUAGAAAUUAUUAGAUCAAGAAAGAUAAGCAAGAGUGAUUCUUGAAUCAUCUCUUAAAGAUCAAUAACACUAACAUUAAAGGGAUUAAGAGACAUUGAAAUCAUACUAUCAAACAUAAAUUAUUAAUCUAGAAAAAGAAAUUAAUGAUUUGAAGGGAAUUAUCGAACAUAAAAAUUAAUAAAUCUAAAUCUAAAUUGAGGAAAAGAAUUUACAAAGAUAACAAUUAGAAUAAUUAAUUGUUGAUUUAAGAAGAGAAAUUGAAAAUUAAAAAUUAAUUACAUUUGAAUAAGAAAAAUAAAAAAAUAAUGAAAUCAACGAAUUAGAUGAUCAAUUCUAAAAAUCUACAAGUCUAUUGAAUGAAAAUAUUGAUUAAUAGAAAUUGUAAAUCUUGUUUUUGGAAGGUGAAAUUGAAAAACUUAAAGAAAUGUUAUCACAAAAAACUAAAGAUUAAGAAUCUUUAAUUGCUUAAUUUAAUUUACAUAAGAGAUAAUUAGAGGACGAUAUUAGAAGAUUGAAAGAUGAAAUUCAUUCUCUAAAACAAGAAAUAUUAUCAAUCACAAGUUCCAAAAAUUAAGAAAUUCAAGAUCUUUAAUCCAAGAAUGAUAGGGUGACAAUCCAAUAUCGAGAAAAACUCAGAUAAAGUGACAUCUCUUAAGAACAAUAAUUGUUAGAAAUUAAAAGAUUAAGAGAAACUCUAUCUGUUAAGGAGUAGGAAAAUGAAAAUCUAGCAAACCAAAGAAACCUUUUAGACAAAGAUUUAAAGAGAGCAAGAGAUGAAAUUGAAUAAUUUAAAUAGAGACAGUUAGCCUUAGAAAGAGAGAAGUUUACUUAAUUGGAAGAUUUGAAGAAUAAAUUGGAGGCUUCAAAUUCCUAUUAAAUUAGUAAUUUGAAAGCUGCUUAUAAUACUUAAAUCAGUGUAUUGACUGAGGAAAAUGUUCAUCUGAAAUAACAAAUAGAUCAGAGAAGAAUGUAUGAUUCCUCUGUUAGAAUGUGACUUUAUUAUAUAUAUUAUGAGAUUCUGAAAUUUAUAAUAUUAAAACAAA